CACUUGCAAGUUGCAACCUAAAAGGCUUAAAAUCCAAUCCUUCACUGUUGAGACGGAAAGAACAAAGAGGGAGCGAAAAGAAUGGCAAGCGAGGAAGAGAGCGCGGUGAAGGAGCCUUUGGAUUUGAUAAGGCUCAGCCUCGACGAGCGUAUUUACGUCAAGCUCCGCUCUGACCGUGAGCUCCGUGGCAAGCUCCAUGCUUAUGAUCAGCAUUUGAAUAUGAUUCUAGGGGAUGUUGAAGAGGUUGUUACAACGGUUGAAAUAGAUGAUGAAACCUAUGAAGAGAUUGUUCGGACUACAAAGCGCACGGUUCCAUUUCUCUUUGUUAGGGGAGAUGGAGUUAUAUUGGUUUCUCCACCUCUACGGACUGCUUGAUUAUGAGAACGAAGUUUCUAGUCGCUUUUUAUGGGAAUGAAUCACACUAUGAAUCCUUUCAUCAAAUUUCCUACACUAAGCUGUUGGUUGAUGCUGUAGUAUGAUUGAUCCUCUAAAAGAUAAUUACUACAUGUUGAUGGAAUUUGCACAUUUUUAGAUCAUUGAUGGAAUAUUUUUGUAUGAUCUACUAUUUCAGACAAAAGGGGGUAAUGGAACACAACUCUUUUCAUUGUCUGCUUAA